CUUUGCACAGGAGAUCAGUGAGAAUCCCUUUCUUGUUACUGCAGUUCUGGCUGUAAGGAAGGUGCUUCUGCUUGCUUGACAGCAGCUGAGAAGGAGGGUGGAGAUUAGGCAGUUUUUGCAGGGAUUGGUUUGGUCAGGUUUCAAUGCAAAGCACGUGUGAAUAAUCCAGUGCUGCUUUUUUGAUCUGUCACUGCAAAGUGAGCAGGGAGAAUGGGGCAGGUCGGUUGGAAGGGUCUGUGUCUGUCGCUUUUUGAUUAUAAAACUGAAAAAUAUGUCAUUGCGAAGAACAAGAAGGUGGGAAUUCUCUAUCGAGUGGUGCAGCUGUCCAUCCUGGCUUACCUGGUGGGGUGGGUAUUUGUCGUCAAGAAAGGCUACCAGGACUCGGACACCUCCAUCCAGAGCUCCGUCAUCACCAAACUGAAGGGUGUGGCUGUCACCAACACCUCGGAGCUGGGAGAGAGGCUGUGGGACGUCGCCGACUAUGUCAUUCCCCCACAGGGUGAAAACGUUUUCGUCGUUAUGACAAAUCUGAUUGUGACCCCAAACCAAAGGCAGGACACGUGCCCUGAGAGUACUGGCAUUCGAGACGCACUGUGCAGCGAGAACAGGGACUGCCCUGCGGGGGAAGCUGUGAUAGCUGGCAAUGGGGUCAAGACUGGCCGCUGUUUGAAAGUUGGGAGCAACACCAAUGGGACGUGUGAAAUAUUAGCGUGGUGUCCAGUGGAGAAAAAGUCCAAGAUGAAGAAACUGCUUUUAGCGAAUGCAGAAAACUUCACUGUUUACAUCAAAAACUCGAUCCGCUUCUCUAAGUUUAAAUUCUCCAAGACUAAUGUGCUAAACACUGAUGAUGAUUCCUACCUGAAAAACUGCCACUACAGUGCACAGCACCUUUACUGCCCCAUAUUCCACCUGGGCAAACUUGUGAGCUGGGCUGGGAACAACUUUCAGGACAUGGCAUCUGAGGGUGGUGUGAUAGGAAUUCAGAUUGAAUGGGACUGUGAUCUUGAUAAACCUCCUUCUGAAUGCAACCCUCACUAUUCUUUUAGCCGUCUGGAUAACAAGUUUGCAGAAAAAUCCAUCUCCUCUGGAUACAACUUCAGAUUUGCCAAAUAUUACCGGGAUGCUGAAGGAGUUGAGUACAGGACACUGAUAAAAGCCUAUGGAAUACGCUUUGAUGUGAUGGUGAAUGGCAAGGCAGGUAAAUUUAACAUCAUUCCAAUGAUAAUCAACGUGGGCUCAGGACUCGCGCUUAUGGGUGCAGGGGCUUUCUUCUGUGACGUGGUGCUACUGUAUCUGAUGAAAAAGAGCAACUUCUAUCGAGGCAAAAAAUAUGAGGAAGUGAAAUCCAGUUCAAAAAAGUCUUUACCAGGUGGAACAGUGAAUGGGAACCAGAACUCAGAAUCGCUGGCUACAUUAGGGCAGCUGAGACAACUACAGACAGUUGAGACCUAAGGUCUAUCAGUGGGAAAACACAUUCCAUAAAGACUACGAUGGUAAAACACAGCAAUCAAACUUUGAGGUGGAGACAGCCAUGGUCAGGUCUAUUGUAUCAUUUGGAUGCCCAGAGAAGAGGUCAGUUAUAGCUAUUCUGUUCAAGAGAGCAGUUUGCUAAAAAUAUCACACCUUCUGAUCCUAAGGCAUUCUUCCCUAUCUUGAGCUGGUGACACCUGUGUCAUUGGUACAGAACUUUUGUAUUAUAAAGAAAAAUAUAGAAGAAACCAGGCAACAUUUUUAUAUGCAAAUACAUAGAUAACCAGCAUUAUUCUGUAACACUGCAUCACUUCUGCUGCUGACAUCAAACACACGUGGCAUUUGACAUUGUUAGGAAUGAGGUUGGGAAACCAGGAUCACCACCUGUUCAGCUGCACUGCAGUGCCAGUUCCCAAGUCCUAUAUGAUCUACCUGUAAGAGUAGAUUGAAAUUCUUUGGGCUGCUGUUGAGAUAAAUGUGAUCUGGCGUUCCAUUCAAUUUGUCUGUAGUUCAAAUAACAUCAUACCAAGGGUAAAGUGACUCUCAAGAUGUUUUCACAGGAAGAGCCCUUACUAUAUAGACCAUGGUAUCCUCCUAUUUCCAUAGAAGCUCUUUACCAACCCCACUCCAAAACCAACCAGGCUCAGUGAUAUUUGCAGUUGGCCUGGCAAAGCUCUCAUGAGCAAAUUAAUACAGAACUUUUGUUAAAUCUAGUGUUUAAAAAUGCCAGAAUAACCUACAGUAAAGGGAUGAGGUUUGUCCUUUAGUAACUGGUCCAGGUAACUUGACAUUUUGGGGUACAAGAAAGCAUAGUGUGGCACAGCAGGUAGAUGAUUGGGGAAAUAUUCUGAAACAAGUUAGAUGAUGCUUCUUUCUAAGUUGACAAAUGCUUUUAUGAGUGGCCUGAUAACACUUUUGUUGGAAUUUUCUUUUGGACAAACAGCCAUUGGCAGCUGAAUGUGGAAAGAAAGUAUCAAAUAUUCAGUGUGUUAACAGUGUGCAUCAAGGCACCUGUCGAUGACAUCACAUUCAAUGAUCAAGCCUCCCUUCGUUUACCAGUGGGUUUCAUCUGCUUUUCUCAGCAACUCCUUUUUCUUGUCACUGUGCUUUUUGUUUGGUUCGGUUCAUGGAUGAUUAUCCUCUCUACCUUACUUACUGAUCCCUGACAGAGGAGGAACUUGAUGCUUCUGCCAGUAGUAAUGGAUAGUCACUGUUCCUGGAUCUGGCAGGCUCUAGUCAGGGGGCGCUACUAUGUCUGCUGUUUUGUUACGCACAGUUUGAAAUGUGGGUGUGUGGGAUGGGAAUAGCACCAGUUGGACUUUUAUCAGAGGGGUAGCCAUGUUAGUCAGGGUCAGUAAAAGCAGCAAAGAAUCCUGUGGCACCUUAUAGAC